CACAGACCAUCAUGACUGACGGUGCUGACUAUCACUACGUUCACUAAAGCACCGGCUGCAGGGGGCUGGGACUCAGCAGCAGCUCCAUACACACGAUACUGUUCAGUACAACACCUGACAGACAUUAUUUACUCUUUAUGUGAUGAACCGUGCUUACAUCUCCCAUCAUGCACUGCGGUAUUUACAUAUGAAAGGCUGAACUAAACUGCUUCCGGGUUGUGUUUCCCUUUAAGAGCAGGAGGAAGUGAAUUCCAGGGGGGUGUGGCCAGUCUGCUGACGUCGUCACGAGCAGGUUGCGUGUUACAGCCAUGUCCUCUCCAGAGAUCGCCUCUCUCUCCUGGGGCCACAUGAAGGUGAAGGGAUGCUCCUCCAGCUACAAGGACUGUAAGGUCUGGCCUGGAGGCAGCCGGGCCUGGGACUGGAGGGAGACCGGCACCGACCAUCACCCUGGAGUGCAGCCUGCUGAUGUGGAGGAGGUGCUGCAGAGGGGAAUCGACCUGCUGGUGAUCGGCAGAGGGAUGAACGAAGCCCUGCAGGUUCCCUCCACCACUCUGGACUUUGUGAAGCAGAGAGGAGUGGACGUCAGAGUCCUGCAGACGGAGAAGGCCGUUGCUGAAUACAACAAACUGGUUGGUCAGGGGGCCAAGGUGGGCGGAGUCUUUCACUCCACCUGUUAACGACGUGGCCUGUGCUGCUGCACCGGAUGGAAUGACCGACAGACGAUGGAGGAGUCGUGUUCCACCGUCUGGUUUGAACCGGUGGGCUCCUCCUCCAGAUCUCACUGAUCACUGGGACACUGAAACAGUUCUAAUCUUAAAGUGGGUAAAAGUCCUCACGUUGUGUGUUCGCUGCGCUGUAGAAGAUCAAUGGCAACUUAAGAGAAUUAAUAUAAAGAUUAUAAAUCAGUGAACUCUUUUCACUUUUGUACAUUUGACUCUAGAUGAAGAAAAUCUGUCGACAGAGAAAUUCAGUUUGUCGUCGAUGUUAUUUCAAAGUGGACUUUAAAUCAAACUGAAGAUGAAAUGUAAGAACAUUUGACCUUUUGUGUAAAGACCGUUCACUGGUUGCUGUGAAGUUGAUGAAUGUUCAGAACGGUUUUCAUGAGAUGAGAGUUUGUCUGCUUGUUUGCUACAGAAAAUAAAAUGAGAGAAUGAAUCUCCUUCA